ACACCGAUGAUCCCUGAAGGGGAAUGCUGAAGGAAGCAAUUGGCACCUCAAUAUGUUGAGAAAUUUUCUCUAUAUAUUCCCUGAGAUUCAUUUGACUGUUGAGAAGGUGGCUAGAGAAAUUAAUUUUGGAAUUAAUUUUUUUUAAAAAAAUUCUGAAUAUACUUUGUUAACUAUACUGAGACUGCUGAGUGUUAGCUUCAAGAUUGUCAACCUUCAACAUUCUCUUGUCAUAACUUUGUCUCAUGUCAGGAGGAAAUCUUGAAAUAUUCUCCAUGAUGCUCUGAUUUUCUUUCAAGUUUGAAAUCUUUUUCAAAUGCUGAAUCAAUGUCAAUCCUUCAAGAUGUUAACGUUUAAGUUCCAAACCUUCUUCUCUUGAUGUUGCGUUGGGGAACACGGAUUUCAAGCUUUGAAUUUAGAGUUGGGUGGAUUUCUAUAAAACCCAAACUGGGGAUGUGGGUAUUUAAUUCCAUCUUUAUAUGAUAGUUAAAUUCAAAAACUGCACACUAUCUUUGAGAUUUAUAAGACAAACAAAUUAACAGUGACUGGAAAUGAUCUGUUCACAAAUCUUUGUGUAAGGAUUUGGAAAUUCUAAGAUUCUAACAUCCUUCAGUAUGAAUUACAUUUAUCCUCAGUAAAAUUGUGAAAAGUAACAGAUGCUAGUAGAUUGAUUUAAAAUAUAAAAAUCAUUAAUAAAGUUUUGGGGUUAAAAAUGAGAAUCCAUCCAUUUUCUUUUCAAGUUUGCUAAUGUGAACAUUGUGAAUUUGAGAAAGUUGCAAGAAAAUUCAUACCAGAGACAGAAGAGGGAGAUAAAAUAGUCAGGCAGAAGAGAAUGACUCCUAGAUCAGCUGUUCCUCUAAAUAAAAUAUUUUCAAGGACAAAAAUGUCAUUGAACAAACAUUGCUCCUUCUCCUGAUGAUAUACUAUUCCAUUCUUGUUAGUGGUCAGAUGAUGGGACAUCUUUCUGUAAUAUUUUUCUCAACAUUUUACGAAUUUUGAGUUAAUGUCAGGGCUUAAGACUAAUUUAGCGAAGUUCGAUCUUGUUGCUAUUUUGAGUCCAAAAGUGUCUUCUAGGUUUGCUGCUUUUGUAGACUGUGAGAUUCUGUACUGGCCUUUUACUCAUUUAGGAGCUCCUUUGGGCAAGAAUCCUUGGUCUGAGAGGAAUGUGGAUUUCUCAUCCUAUUUGUACAUUCUUCUAGCUUAAUGAAUUCCUUUUCUAUUAAAAAAAGAAAAGGAAAUAGACUAAAGCUACUAUAAUCAUUUCUCCCUAAGCAGGUGUUGUAUAAAUGUUACCUGCUCCAUCUUGCGGUAGAGAAAGCAAGUCUAAAGUCGGCCUUAAUGAACAAAUCUCCUGGCUGGCUACAAGACUUCACAGAGUAUAGUGAAGCAGAUGAGCAGCAAAAGCACUCUGAACCACAAAUUCAGUCAUCUCCCGUUAGUGCUGUGUCCUAUCAUACAAUCACGAAUCCAAACAUUCAAUAUUCAACACCAUCAGAACUUGGCGCGGGACAUGUUAUGGCACAAGCAGGUUAUCCGUAUCCAGAUCCCUACUACAGAAGCAUCUUUGCUCCCUGUGAUGCACAACCUUAUCCUACACAGCCUUAUGGUGCACAGCCAAUGGUUCACCUUCAGUUGAUGGGAAUUCAGCAAGCAGGAGUUCCUUUGCCAUCAGAUGCAGUUGAGGAGCCUGUGUUUGUAAAUGCAAAACAAUAUCAUGGCAUCUUGCGACGCCGACAAUCUCGCGCAAAAGCUGAAUCAGAAAAUAAAGCCCUCAAGUCUAGGAAGCCGUACUUGCAUGAAUCUCGACAUCUGCAUGCAUUGAGAAGAGCCAGAGGAUGCGGAGGCCGAUUCCUCAAUUCAAAGAAAAAUGGGGACCAAGAGAAUGAGGUGGCAUCAGGUGACAAAUCUCAGUCGAAUAUCAAUCUUAAUGCUGGUAAAAAUGACAUUGCUUCCUCAGACAGUGCAUCUUAAUGUUUUGGAAGCAAUUACUAAUUACUAUACUGUGCACGUGAUGGCAUAUUCAUCUACAGUGGUCGGGAAACUAUGGUCCUUAACCAGCUAUGAUAGUCUUGGUAGUUGGUAUUGCUGGUGGGUCUCGUUGAAUGUGUACUCCCAACUCCAUGGUGUGUAUAAAGCUUUUUAGUUGAAGAUUUGUAGGGAGGUUCUGAAAAAGAAAAUGCAGGCUAGAGUCUUUUGGAAGGACUGACAAUUAUUUAUCUUGCAGUGGAUUUUCUUCUUAGCUUUAGUUCCUUUUGUUCCUUGUCUUUUUGUUUAUGUCAUUGGGAGGGAAUGCUGGCUAAGUUUGCUGUAUGGUCAUUUCUCUCACUUGGGUCUGUGCAGAGGUUUGAGAUUUUUUUUCAAAAAAUUGGGUUAGUUGAGUCAUGUUAAUUGUUUGGAUUGAUUAUGGUCCAUUAGCUUAGCAAGGACUUGUUUUUCGCUGUGUAAUAUAGUCUCAUUCACUGUUUAGUUAAUUUGUAAUCGUGAUUUUUUUUUUUUGGAGUAUUUGGAUUCUGUUCCAGUGAAUGUUUUUGAAUAAUAGACUGUUGGUGCAUGUAUUGGAAA